GCGCACGUCGCACAAACCGGAAGCAGGAAAUGAAGUCAACGUCGCAACAUCGACGUGCGAAAUUCAAAUUUCUAUAACAAAACAUCUCUGUCAGAGGACUUUUCUAUGUGGCAUAACUGAUUUUUACCUUCUUCCUCUCCCGUUUUCAUACAACUUCAAUGAGGGUUAGCACGAGCGGCUGAAGCGGGAGGAUGCCUGUGGAAAGAACCGAGCACCGCGGAGCCGACGAGCUCUACAAAUAUUAUGAGGUUUACGAUACUAUCGGCUCAGGAGGCUUUGCUAAAGUCAAGCUGGGUCGACACCUUCUGACAGGAGAGAAGGUUGCCAUUAAAAUCAUGAACAAGAAGGAUCUAGGGGAUGACCUGCCCCGUGUGAAAGUGGAGAUUGAGGCCAUGAAGAACCUGAGUCAUCAGCACGUCUGCCGUCUCUACCAGGCCAUAGAGACCUCCACCCAGAUCUUCAUAGUGCUGGAGUACUGUCCAGGUGGGGAGUUGUUUGAUUACAUCAUAGCAAAGGACCGUCUGUCAGAGGAGGAGACCAGGGUGUUCUUCAGACAGAUUGUGUCUGCGAUGGCCUACGUCCACAGCCAGGGAUACGCACACCGGGACCUCAAACCGGAAAACUUGUUGAUUGAUGAAGACCACAACUUGAAGCUCAUAGACUUUGGAUUGUGUGCCAAACCUAAGGGAGGUUUGGGUUAUGAGCUGAUGACGUGCUGUGGGAGCCCUGCCUACGCCGCUCCUGAACUCAUCCAGGGAAAAGCAUAUAUUGGUUCAGAGGCUGAUGUGUGGAGUAUGGGCGUGCUGCUGUUCGCUCUGCUCUGUGGAUACCUACCCUUUGAUGACGACAACUGCAUGGUCCUCUACAGAAAGAUUUCAAGAGGUAAAUAUGAUAACCCCCAGUGGCUGUCUCCAGAUAGUGUCCUCCUCCUCAACCAGAUGAUGCAGGUGGACCCCAAGCGGCGUCUUACUCUUCGACAGCUGCUGGACCAUCCCUGGGCAACGAAAGAUUACAACAGCCCAGUGGAGUGGCGUAGCAGGAAGCCGCUCGGCCACAUCGAUGAGGACUGUAUCACUGAGAUGGCUGUGAACAUGAAACGAUCGAGGGGGAGCACCACGGCGCUGGUCAAGGAGUGGCAGUAUGACCACACCACAGCCACCUACCUGCUGCUGCUGUCAAAGAAGCAGAGGGGCAAACCUGUCCGCAUGCGCCCUGAACCAACAGUCUGUGAGGACUCCUGCUCUCCACUGCACCAGGGACUACAGACGAGGCAAGCCCUUCACUUCAGCGAGGAUGAAGACGUCGUGAUGGUGGGUUCUCUGGACUUUUGCUCAGACUACAUUGAAGAUCGGCCAUGGGUUUCAGUCACACAAUAUACACCCCAGGGAGUCAGAGGUCAGCCAGAUGGAGCCGCAAAUAAAGACAGGAGACUGGCCUCUCCAUCAGUGAAGAAAAGGUGUGCUUACAGCCCGACCCCAGAGAGGGGGCGAACACCGGCACAGCACCGCCAGGAGAGAAGGGACCGAGACCAAGAACGAACCAGUGAGAACAAGGAGAAUAUUGCUGUGCACGAGAAAGAUGUUGAAAUAUUUGCAUUGCCUCCUCCUCGAACUCCCGUGUCCAGUAAGAAGAACGCACGGCCCAACAAGAAUGUGUUGACCACACCCAAUACAAAUGCUAACGUCACCAACGUAACCACAUCCAAUGCAGUCACACCUAAAGGUGAAGGUAGUGCAUCUAAAGAGCACAGCAAGAAGAGAGCAGAGUUCAAGGAGCUUGCAAACAUUGAAAUAUUGGCCUUCAGCCCUGAGCGAAGGUCUCGGUCGUUGGACAUGGCUGUUACGGAAGACAGCGGGAAGAAGAAGAAAGGAGGAAAGGUGUUCGGUUCCCUGGAGAGAGGCCUGGAUAAGAUGAUCACCAUGCUCACUCCCAGCAAGAGACGAGCCUUGCGUGACGGCCCGCGCAGGAUCAAGGCUCAGUACAACGUUACUCUGACCAGUCAGACCAACCCGGACCAGAUCCUAAACCAGAUCCUCUCCAUCCUGCCGGAGAAAAACGUCGAUUUCACGCAGAAAGGGUACACCCUAAAGUGUCGAACCUGGGGUGACUAUGGGAAGGUAACCAUGGCGUUUGAGCUGGAGGUGUGCAUGCUGCAGAGGCCGGAGGUCGUCGGGGUCCGCCGCCAGAGGCUGAAGGGAGACUCCUGGGUCUACAAGCACCUGGUGGAAGACAUCCUCUCCACAUCCAGUAUCUAAAUAAUGCACUUUCCAGCCAAUAUCAUUUCCUGUUCCCUGGACUUUAAUAAGUGAUGUCUGAUUAGUGAUUGAUGCACAGAUUCAGGCAUAGGGCGGUGUCUUAACACAUUAAUGAUUAGUCCUUCAUUAUUUAUAGUAAAUAUUUAAAAUUGUCCUUAGGCCAGCCUGCAAUCCCCAGAGUACAUGUUACACUGUGCAGCUUAUCUUCUUUAAUGUAGAGUACUGCUGUUUUACUUUAUGAUUAUUACUAAAUCCUUGUCAAUCCUCUUGAGAUGAAUGUGUGUAUGUAUGAAAUGAAACUGCGCUAUUUGCAGUAUAUCUUCUGGCUGCAUAUUACCAUAUUUAUGUGUCGAUGUUGUUGUUCUUCCCUGUAGGUGUCAUUUACUGUCAUUAAUGUACAUGCUUACAAUUCUUCCAUCAUGGUGAUUUUACACGGUUGUACUGUAUGUAGUGUCUGCUUUUAUUUGUCAUUGGUGCUUGUCCAGUCUGUCGCAUUGUGUCUGAUAGAUUUUAAACUGACAUAAGAGAAGCAAAAUAAAUGGUUUGUGGUAAACGCCUGUGUUUAUGGAGACAGGUGAUCAAGAUUAAUUUAUCUACUUCCUUCACAUCAAAUGUUCUUUUUUCUUUUUUUUUUAUUCACUCAGCAGUUUGAUGGAGCAGUGGUGUGUGUGUUUACACUCUGUCAUCCUCCUUCUGCUCGUCUUCUGGGCUUCACUCUUUGGUGAAAAGAUUGAUGGUGAUAGUUUAGCUUAGUGACGGCAUUUCUCCGUUCAUAUUCGGUAAACUUAAGUGCUGAAAUGUCUACAAUUUUUCAACUUUAGAUACUUUGGG